AUGAAUUAUACCACAACAAACGAAGGGGUGUUUACAUCGCUUUAUUUUCUGCUGUUUGAUCACUUCCAGAAGUAUACUCACGGCUCAUUUGCAUUGUACAACAUCUUACUUUGCUCCACGGCAUUGGUAAUUGUUUUCUUCUUAAACAAAUCGUCAAGAAAGCUCACAAGCAAAGAAGUAGCUGCCCUUAACAAAAAUAGAAAAUAUGGUCAUUGGGUUCCAGAUUAUGAUUUUUCUACUCCCAUUCCUGCUCCAUAUCGAGGUUGGGAUAUAAAGACAACAGAACCAAUACCUUAUCGUGCUUUUAGGCAUAAAUAUAGUAUCAAUAUGGGAAUCAGAGCCAUGGAAUGGGAGGACUGGAUAGAAUUAGAUAACGAAUGGCCAAAGUACCAUCUGGAUAAGAUGAAAAGGAUCGCGGAGAAAGGUAGUGAGCUCUACGGUACAUCACCAAUAGCUACGGAAGCAGCCUAUGAGCUUUUAGAUGAGUUUUGGAACUAUUUGCCAAAUAGGUACCCUUCUCUUUUCAAGCAAACAAAGCAGGGUUUGGAUAAUAUUAUCACUGGUGAAACGUUUCUGUUCAAGAAGGGAUAUCGAACCAAAGAGGAUCCUAUGCUUAUAGCGGCCAGCCUAGUACAGGAUGAUCUAGCUAUAAUGAUAGAAAAUGAGGAGGGGGAGUAUAUUUUGAGAGCAGGAGCUAUAAUGUUAGCUGGGUUUUGGAGACUUAAAGACAAGUUUAAUAUGCCUUUGAGCAAAAUUCACACUUCUGGUGAUGUUCCUAAAUAUAAAGAAAAGCUCCAGAGUGGGAUGGAAAAGUUCUUUAUAAGACAAACCGUAGACAAGCCAGUAAUUAGGAAUAACUACUUUAUACAAACAGAUGAUCAAUUACCGUGGUCUGUGUCAAUUGGUGACGAGAAUAAUGAAUCAGUCGGUUGGUAUACCGCAGAACCAGCUAAGACAGCCGAACAAUUGUAUUUCAGAAGCGAAAGACAAAGCUUGAGGAGGCUACCAAAGACGGGAGCAACCGUUUUUACAAUUCGAACCUACUUUUUACCCAUUACCAAGCUUGCCCGAGAGCCUUAUGUACCAAGACGACUUUUCAAUGCUAUAAAUAGCUGGGAGCUAGACGUUCAAGAUUAUAGAGGUUUAAGCAAGUUUAAAGAUACAAUAUUACCAUAUUUAGAAGAAAUGGCUGAAAAACAAGAAAAAGAAGGUUAUCUUGCUGACAACGAAGAGCAAAAGUACCCUUUCUAA